UGAUAUUGGGAGGACAUCAAACAGGGCAAACUGUUUUAUACUGAACAUAAUAUAUUUAUGCUGUUUCUUUGUUGUAGAGAAGUCGAAAAUAUUACCGUUGGUUAAGUUUUAAUGAGGCUAUAUUGAAACUGAAUUGUAGUGUGUUGUGAAAGUUUCAUUAUACUGGUGGGUUUAUGAAGCUCUUGAUUUGGGAUUAGAAACUGGUCUGGAUCUUACUUUAACAGUGUUUGAUGAGGAUGCACUCCCAAGGAGUGUUGGCCAGAUCUCCUCCAACUCCUCCUUCAGCAUUUGUACAUAUCAGUGAUAAAGACAUGACAGAAAUUGAGCUGCACACUGUGGACUCCAUCAGUGACCUGCACCGCACACACUCUGAACAACACUGCAAAGGUGUCCGACCUCCACGUCCACAACCUCCAUCCAUCAAUGGGAACCUUCAGAUGAUUGACAGGCCAGUUGUUUGUCAAACAGGGUAUCGAAUGAGAGGAUCUCAUUUGAGUCAACUCAAUGAUAUGUGGACUUCCUCUAAGUGUGGUUACACAUUGACAUGUGUGGCUGUAAUGCUGAUCCUCCUCACAGUCAUUCUGAUCUUUAGCUUCUUAGUCCAGCAGAGCAGAACUCUACACAGACUAGCUGAGGCACUGACGCACAGGAAAGAAACAACAGAAGAAAUAUCCAUCAUCUUUCAAGAACUCCAGGCUCUGCGCAAAAACCUGACAGCACUGAAGAUCAGACACUGACCACCUACAAACAUCAUGCACAGAUAUCUUAAAGAUCCAUCCAAGAGUAUGUCACAAUCAACAUUCUAUCAAUAUGGGGUCUCAAAUGUGUUGUGUAAAAUUGCAGACUCACUCCACAGGGUGAUUGACUAUAAGGCAAACAUUACGACAGAGUGUUAAGAGUGUAUGUUUGUGUGUGGUACAGAUCACAAGUCAGAAUUUAGUACCAGUUGGAGCAGGUAGCUGGCAAAGUGAGAUUCAGUAAAGCAGACUACAGCUAGAUUUUGAAUUUAAACUUGUUAGUUUUUUUUAAACAGCAUUUUAUCUUUAUGUAUUUAAGAACACUGGAUUUUUUCAACUUAUCUGCUUUAGUAUAUCUAUGCUGAGUGACAGCUGAGUUCGGAGCAUAUGUUAAUCAACCAAGUUCAGUGUGUGUUCAGGAAAUUACAACAAAUCAUUACUCCAUAGUUAAAGUUACUGUUCCACAGUAAAAGGAACUGUGUAGAUACAUGUUACAAAUUGCACAACAGUGGUUCUUUAUGUCCCUCUAAACACUGACCCAUGGUGUAUACCUUAAAAUCCCAAUUUACAACUGUUCUGAUUAGCAUUGAAUGUCACUAUAAAAGAAUAUAUACAGCAUAAAAUGCUGAACAAAUGAGUUUUACAGACAUCUGACAUACAUAGAGGACCAGAUAAUCAACCAAAAGCACUCUGUAACUAACCAUACUAUACUGAUGUAUGUAGGACUCUAGCAAAAGCAGUGUGUUAUCAUGUGACCAACCAAACUGACAGAGAUCUCCUGAAAAGAAAAAUAAGCACAGGUAAAAGUGGACUCCUGAGCAACACGCUAUCUUAGAGAGCUUUGAUAAAAAUGUCCCAUUAAAAACUACUGCUUAUUAAAGAGCUGUACAUAUUCUUAAACAGUGACAUAAG